UCUUUUUCACCACAAGACCAUAACCGUCAAUCAGUCAGGCAGUCAGUCUUUGAACUAUACUGAGAGCGUUCGCACGUUCAUUGAUAUAUCCCUUCUAUAUCCUGGUUUUUUUUCACACACUAUCUCUCUCUCUUUCGAUUCCAACACAUAUUCAUACACACACUGCAUGCGAAUUCCUUUCAAUCAUUGCAUCUAUUACACGUCAACCAACCAAAUUUAAUGUCUUUUUUUGUGUGAAAUUCAAUUAAAUCGUAAUCCUUCAUAGUCCCCAAGUGUUAAUCAGUUUGAAUAUUCGGGUUUGUUUUUAUUUUUGCAGUGCGUUCGCCCCUUUAAUUAUAGUUAUAAGGCCGAGUUGAUCACCAAGAGAAUUUUAACUAAACGUUGAAAUGAUGCUUCCAAAAAUAUUUACCAAUACAUUUGAAACGACAAAAUUAUGGUAAUAUUGCCAUUUCAGUGACAUUAUUGCUCGAAAUUGCUGAAAAAAAAGGAGAUUAAAACUUCCUUUUCGGGCGAAAUACAAAACAAAAGUUUACAAGUAUUUAAGCAAUUGAAAAACGAGAAAAACAGCACAGCAUUGCAAAACGGAGUGUACAUCGAAUUAAGGCAACACAACGACAACAACAACAACCGUAAUACACAAAAUGCAAGAAAAUAGUAUUCCUGCAUCGCCGAACGCAAAUAUUAUCGAUCAAGCACAGUUUGAAGCCGACAAACGGGCUGUAUACAAGCAUCCGCUAUUUUCGCUGUUGGCAUUGAUGCUUGAGAAAUGUGAACAAGCCACGCAAGGCUACAUACCAAAGGCGUCGUCGACAUCUUCAUCGAGCCCAAAUGGAACAUCAAAUGGCGAUUCCGAUUCGUUUACGAAAGACAUUCAAGCAUUCAUCCAAAUGCUGGAGAAGGAAAAUCGACCACUCUUAACAAAUAAUGCCGAACUCGAUGGAUUGAUGAUAAAAGCAUUACAAGUGCUUCGAAUCCAUUUGCUCGAACUCGAAAAGGUUCAAGAAUUAUGCCGAGAUUUUUGCACUCGAUAUAUAGCGUGCUUAAGAGGAAAAAUGCAAUCGGAAAAUUUGCUACGAUCCGACUAUCCACUUGAACACAAUAAUAAUUUGUCAAAUUCAAACAGCCCAGUCAACACUCCCGAUCACGAGAGUUUAAGUGGACAACAAUCGAAUUUUUUUGGAAGUAACGAUUUUUUAGGUGGAAGUAAACUAAAUGAUUUUAGCAAUAUUCAAGGAUUUUUACCGUCGCAUGCGAAUAAUUCGAUUACACCGGACCAUAAUACAUUUACCAAUGACCUAAACAAUAUGUCAAAUGCCACAAUUCCUGCAUCACUAGUUGGUAAUAUGGGUGAAGGUGGUCAUUCUCCGAAUCAUAAUACGAUGAUUUCAUCACAGAUACUAGGCUCAACACCGCUCAGUCAAAUCGGUUGCCCAUUGCCAAUAGAUCCAUAUAUAUUUUCUUAUCAUUUAGCAGACCAAUUGUCACCGUGCAAUAGCUCCGACGAAGGUGACUCGGAACUCGAUUCGAUCAAUGACGAUUUGAGUUCAAAUCUUUCGAAUAAUUCGGGUUCAAAACGACAAAAACGUGGAAUUUUGCCAAAGCAAGCGACAAGCGUUAUGAGAGCAUGGCUCUUUCAACAUUUAGUGCAUCCCUAUCCAACCGAGGACGAGAAACGAGCAAUUGCAGCUCAAACGAAUCUGACAUUGUUGCAGGUUAACAAUUGGUUCAUAAAUGCGCGACGAAGGAUUUUGCAGCCAAUGCUUGAUCAUGCCAAUGAUUCCAAUCAACAUAAUCCAGAAGCGAACCCGGGAAGUGAUACACAAAAAAAAUCAACAUCACCAUACUCAACCGCCCCGAAUACAACAACGACACAAUCGUUAAAUGAUCGUGGUACUGAAAACACCAAUCCAAAUAUGCUGUGCACCGACAAUGAACGUCUUUUAAUGCUACAAAGAUUUGCAAGCAACAAUUACUGCAGCAGUGACGAGAGUGAAGAUAGUUUUGGCACGGAAAGCAAACAAAAUCAAUGAAGUGGCCAAAAGCAGUGAUGCAAAAACGGCGCAUAGCUUUUUAUUACAAAAUGUUUGCUUUGAAUUUUGGGUGUUUUUUUCUUUUAUUUUCAAUAUUCAAAAGCAUCGUUUUUUUUAUUUGUAAAUGAUUGUUUUUUUUGUUUACACUUGAAUAAUUUUGAUUACAUUUGCUUGGCCAAUUCAUUCCAAAAUGUAAUUUGUUCAGUGGUGCCAUAUUUGAAUCAGGAAUUUAACAAAUAGUACUACCACUGCUAAAAGUGAAUUCCUACUUAGUUUAGUUGUAAAUGGCGACAAGAAUAAAUACAAAUAAAAUUUUUCUUUUUAUCGAAAUGAAAUGAAAACAAAAAAUACGAAGAAAUAGAAUCAAAAAUGUGCCAGAACUACGAAACAUGCUAAUACACCUACAAUUAAGUGAAACAGUCAGAACAUUAUGAAAGUAAGAGUUUGAGAGUCCGUGCCGUUGAAAGGGGAAUGUUUAAAAUGUUUAGUUUAGUGACAAACAAAUGGAAUGAUAGUACACAAAAGUCCCGGUAUCGGAAUGCCACAUUGUACAUAUUUUACACUUAAUUUUAAAUAAUAGCUCAUGUAUACCAGUAUCCUAUUACAAGUCAAAUAGUUUUUAUCUCUUCCUCGCAUUAAAAAAAACGUUGCUUUUUAACUCGGGUGCCAAAUAAUAAUUAAAGAUAACAUGUCAUUGAACUGAUAUUUCGUUUGUACUUGAAAGCAUCCCUUUAGUACAAUUUCGUAAAUAAAAACAACAAAUUGUCUUCAAAUUUACAAUUUCCAAGUUUGUGACCAGUGGAACCAUGUAUACGUAAAUGAUACCUCAUUUUUGUCUGCUCAUACUUUACAAAGUCAAACAUAAUGCAAAAUGUACACAUUAUUUAUGAUUUAUCACACUUUGCAAAAAUACCGUAAACAUUGAACUAUCUUCUCUGAGACACAAAAAUCAAAGCCAAAAAAGAAACAAAAACAAUGGAAAUUCAGACAAGAAAUAUUUAAGCAAAACCAUUCAUUCUAAACAUAUUUAAAGUGAGAAAUGAAUUCAAUGUGAAUACUGCUUAAAUUACGAUUUAAUUCAAACUUUUAGUAGUUCAAACGAACGAUAAUUAUGAUGAUGACGCAAAAUAUAUACGUAAAAUUAUUCCAUCCUACACAUCUUUAUACAUGAAAAUCAUAAAUGUAUGUAUAUUAUUUUAAUUGAAGAAUAGGAGCCCAAAUAAUUAAUAAGAGCUCGCACAUAGAUCGAGAUAUAUAAAUCAUAGGCUAAAAAUCCAUACCGAGAAAUGGGACAAAAAAUUUAUAAAACCAUUCAAAAUAUGAAAGAAGGAAGUUUAAGAACAAAAAUAAACAAAAACCCAACCAAUGUAUACGUAUUCGAGUAAACCAUUUUUAUGAAGAAAAUUAAAAAAAAAUUAAAUUAAAUAUCAAAAAAUGAAUAUUUUAGAGAAUUUGAAUGUUACCUAACUUCAUAAUUUAAUCGCAAAUAAAUUAAUGGAUGAUCCAAUUGCAUUGUAUACGCAAUAGACCAUUUUUUAUUUAAAUCCGGUGUAUUUGAACUAGAUUCUUAAGUGAAACACAUUCUAUAUAUCAGAUUGGAGAUAUUGAACAAAGUGGUCGUGGAGCAUAUGAUUUUUGGAGAUUUUUCGAAUUAAAUGAAGUAGAUAAGUUUUAUUUUUUAAAUAAUGUUCCCAUUUGCAAAUAUAUCUUGUCUUAUCAAUUUGUAAAGUUAUUCAAAUGAUGACUAACACUUAUUUUUAUUUACCGAAUGUCCAAAGCGUAAAAUCAAAAUGCACAAAUUUGUGUAUUUUUGUAUCAUUUGAAUUGCAUUAAAAUUGAAAAAGAAAUUUGAAGAAAAAAAAAAAACGAAAUUUCCAGAAUGUGCUCCGCAUUUUUAUCAAUAUACACAAGCAGCAAUACAAUUUAAUCGCAGAAGAAACUUUUAUAUACUGAUUAUUUUUUAAAAGCAUAAUUUAGAAUGCCAUGAGAUGAAAUGGGAGAGUCUAUUGAUAUAUUCCGAUCGGACUUAUGAUAGGGCGCGCUUAUGAAACGAUGUUAAAUCGGAAAUUGACUUAAGACACACUUAGCUGGAAGAGGCACAACUAAUUAGAAAGUAUGAAAAACAAAAGAAAAAAAACUACCGCAUCUCAAGAGAUUCUCAACUCUAUCGAUUAUGUUUAUGUGCCUGUGAUAGUAGGAUUUAUUUCAUUUGUAAUGAUUAAAUAUAAAUUUUUAUUUUAUUUUAUAAUUCAAAUCUGUGGGAGACUGUAUCAAAAAACAAAAAGAAAAUCUUCCCCCGUGUACAUACAUGUCUUUGACGACACAAAUCCACACAACAACAACAACAACAACAAAUUGUAAAUCGCUUAAACGUUUCAUUUGAAUUUUUGUUUGAUUUGUGUUCAUAUUUUCUUUGUCUUCUCAAUUGGAUCAAAAAUAAGUGAAUUUUUCUGAUCAAACACAAGGUUCCUGUGCAUAAUUAGGCUUUCACUAACAAUACAUUGAUUUCAUUGUAAAAUGUGUUUGACUCUUUUUGUUCUUGUUUUGAAACGUCAGUGCGUAUAGUAGUAUUUCAAGCUUGAAAUGACCAUCAGCUAUUAAAGUAAGUUUACAUAUUUACUGAAAAAAAACUGUUAUUGACGAUAUUGGUAGAAGAAAAAGAAGAAGAAGAAGAAUGAUGAUUAAGGGAAAAUAAACGACAAAAAAGUUAAGCAUUGAAAACACUUUACAACUCAUAUGCCAAAUGUUUGCAACUAUUUUAACUGAGAAUAAUCUCAAUAAAUUUUUAAUUUAAAUGAUGAAUUCGAUUAUUACGAUUAUAUGCAGUAAGCACAAAAUGAAAGUAUACUAUUUACCGAAUAAAUUCUACAUCUAAACAUUCUAUAAAUAAAAGAAAAAUUCAUUUAACGAAAAAGGCAAA